AUGGAUGAAGAAUAUGAUGUUAUUGUCUUGGGUACCGGCUUGACAGAAUGUAUUCUAUCUGGUUUACUGUCUGUCGAAGGCAAGAAAGUCCUUCACAUGGACAGGAACGACUACUAUGGUGGUGAGAGCGCUAGUUUGGACUUGACGCGGCUCUAUCGUAAAUUUCGUCCAGAAGAAUCGAAACCAGAUGAAUAUGGGCGGGAUCGCGAUUGGAAUGUCGAUCUCAUUCCAAAGUUCAUGAUGGCCAAUGGUGAACUGGUUAAAAUUCUCAUUCAUACCGAUGUCACGCGGUAUAUCGAGUUUAAGGAUAUUUCGGGAUCUUAUGUCGCAAGCGGCGAAAAGAUUUAUAAAGUUCCUGCCUCUGAGCAAGAUGCAUUGACUAGUUCUUUGAUGGGAAUGUUUGAAAAGAGGAGAUUGAAGAAUUUCUUGGAAUUUUUGCAAAAGUGGAACGAUGAAGAUCCGUCUACCCAUCAAGGUAUUGAUCUGGACAAAAACAACAUGUCGGCCGUGUAUGAUAAAUUCCGUCUUGAGACUGGAACAAGAGAGUUUGUUGGUCAUGCCAUGGCUCUAUAUUUGGACGAUUCAUAUCUUGAUCUUCCUGCCCGCGAGACGUACGAAAGGAUCAUUCUAUAUAUUACUUCGGUCACACGCUUUGCAAAUCUAAAGAGUCCCUAUAUUUAUCCUAUGUAUGGGUUGGGUGAAUUGCCUCAAGGCUUUGCACGUCUGAGUGCCAUCUAUGGCGGUACUUAUAUGUUGAACAAGCAAAUCGACGAGAUCGUUUACGAGAAUGGCAAAGUGGUUGGAGUGCGUUCAGAAAACGAGACCGCCAAGGCGAAACAGGUUAUUGGUGAUCCAUCGUACUUCCCGACUAAAGUGCGAAAAGUAGGGGAAGUGGUUCGUGCUAUAUGCAUUCUCACUCACCCGAUACCGAAUACGGAUUCAAACAUGCAUUCGGUUCAACUUAUUAUUCCUCAGAAUCAAGCAAAGAGGAAACAUGACAUUUAUGUUGCAUGCGUUUCGAGCACUCACUUUGUGUGCGCGCAGAACUAUUACCUCGCUAUUGUCUCUACUAUUGUGGAAACGGACAAUCCGGAGGCCGAACUUCAGCUUGGAUUAAAACUUUUAGGCCCUAUCAAGGAAAAGUUUGUCUAUAAAUCUGAUCUCCAAGAACCAAUUGAAGAUGGUACGGAGGAUGGCGUCUACAUCUCUCGCUCGUAUGAUGCCACAUCCCACUUUGAGUCGGUGUGCGCUGAUGUGAAGGAUAUCUAUAAACGGGUUACUGGAAAGGAUUUGGUGUUAUUCAACCCGUAA